GAAACUUGGUAUCAGAGGCGUAGGCUAAGAGUUGUUAUUAUGAAAGCCUCUUAAAAGAAAUAGCCAUAGUGAUGUCCUGGUUGGGUCACGUAGGCUAGUAUUAGCAUUGACUUGAUUAACCAAAUGUUAAGUCAAUUCAAUGUUAUUAGAGUCUUACGAAUAGCUUCCGAAUAAGAGGGUGAAGCAUUACGACAUCAAACUCAGCUUCCUGAACUGAAGUCAAGCGCAAGGUAACCGAAAGCGACGACCGCAGAGGACGCCGAAGGUGAAAAAGGGUUCAGGAAAAGGUUGGGCAAAACUCGGGCAAAACUCGGACGCCUAGGUUAUCUUAACCGGGUAGUUAAGACGAACUUUUAGUUAAAGUUUAAGGCCUUUCGCAAUGUCACUACUUGAUCAGAGCCAGCAGUGGUUUCCUACGAGUGUUCAGGUAACGGUUCAUCAAGCUCGUAACCUGCGUGUGAAGGGCAAGAAUGGCACCAACGACGCCUAUGCCAUCAUCCAGGUGGCCAAAGACAAGUUUUCUACAUCUGUGGCAGAGAAAUGUGUCGCUCCAGUUUGGAAGGAAGAGGCUUCGUUUGACCUGCCACUCUUCCACCCUGGAAACGCUGAACGCUGUACACUCCACAUCAUAGUCAUGCACCGAGCUCAGGUGGGGCUCGACAAGUUCUUGGGCCAAGCAGUGAUAAACCUGCUGGAUCUUCAUGACAACAAGUCUCGCAAAAAGACAGAUUGGUUCAAGCUGGUGGACAAGACUGGAAAGGAGGACAAGGUGCGGGGGGAGGUGCUCCUAGAUAUCCAGUUUAUGAGAAACAACAUGUCAGCUAGCAUGUUUGACCUUUCAAUGCAGGACAAACCACGCUCUCGUAUCUCCAAACUGAAAGACAAAGUCCGUGGGAAGAAAAGGGAUGGCUUCUCUGACUCUGCUUCAGCCAUUGUUCCUUCAGUCAGCCAGGUCCUCACAGACAGUGAAGGAGAGGCUGAUGCACAGUCACUAAAUCAUUCUCCGGAAACAAAAAAGAAAUCCAAGCUCAAAACCCUCUUUGCCCCUAAAUCAAAUCUACAGCGCAACAUCUCGCAGUCCAUGUCUACACUUGGGACACUUCCUGAAAAGAAUUCAUCCCUCACUGGCAGCCGCUCAUCUGGCCUCAAUGUAGAUUCUCCUGAAGUCAAAAAGAAAUUCAAAUUCCUGGGACACAAGCGAACAGGCAGCUCUGACAGUAAAGUGUCUCUGGGUGCGUUCUCCUUAUUGGGCCGGUCCAAGCAGAGCAACAGUGAUCUGAACAACCUGUGUAUCAAUGGCAGCCAUGUGUACACUGAGGAGGCAGAGGCCAAGAGUGGGUCUACUCUCAGUCUGAACAGCUCAGGCCAAGGCUCUGCGGAGGAUGUCCGCAAACACACUUCUGAUGCCUCUGCAGAUUCCUCUAUAAGUGUACCUGUGCCUUUCUACAGGCGUGAAGCCACAGAUAAAUCUUUAAUGGAACAACAGCGCCAUCAAGAGGAAGAGAAAAGAAGGCAGGCAGAAGAGAGCCGUAUUGCAGAAGCAAGGAGGUUGGAGGAAGAGGAGAAGUACAGGGCAGAGGCCAAGAGACUGCAGGUUGAAGAGCAGCGUAGACAGAAAGAAGAACAAGAAAGGAGAAGACGCAUCCUUGAGGAUGAAGCGAGGAGGAAGAAACAGGAGGAGGAAGAGGAGGAGGAGAGGAGAAAGAAAAAAGAAGAACUCAGCAUGCUAGAAGCAGCUGAAAAUCAGAAGCUUGAGGUGGAACGUCGAAGAGCAGAGGAGCAGAAACGUCAGGAGGAGGCCUCCAUGGCGGACAGGCUGUCGUCUCUGUUUGGAAUGAUUAGAAAGAAGGAGGAGAAAAAGGACGAGGUGCAGCAGCAAACCAAAGAGGAGCAGUUACCCACCCCAGCCCCUCAAAGCUACACAAGAGGUUCAGAUCCACCUGCCCCCCAACAUUCCACUAACCCAUUUGAAGACAUUCCCUUCAGCUCAGAUCCUCCAACUGGCACUAAUAAAGCUCCAAGUGAUGACCAGAAACAGAGUCGCAACCCUCAAACCCCAUCUGUCUUCCUCAACCGCACUGCUAAAGUGUCUGCUGUCAAACCCAGAUUGACUCAAACUUUGGAGUGUGAACCUGCUGACUGCCAAACCCCCAGUCAGCUAAGUCCAUCCUCAGCCACCUCUGACUCCACCGUCUCUUCUGUUUCACCUGAAUCCCUCAAUAUCUUCUCCAACCUGCAUUUGUCUUUGGCUCCACCUAACAAAAGCCCAAGCAUAUCCAGUUCUCCUCCUGGCAGCACAGAAAAUUUAUCUUCUGUGGCAUCCGUAGAGUCUUUACCCACCAUGGCAGAUCAGAAAAGAAGAGCCCUCUUACCACCCUCAUAUCCUGUAGAUGGGAACCAGAGUAGAGGAAAUCAGGUUCCUGUCAGAGAGAUAAAAAAUCCUGCAUAUGUGGAGGCAGAUGGAUCACAAGAAAAACAAAUGUCUCUACCACUUCCUGAUUACGAAACGCUCUUUCCUCAGAAGAGGCAUGGAGUGAAAGGGCAGAGCCGAUGGGAUCACAUAAUUGCUGAGGUCAAUCAGAGAAAUAGAGACUUUCCACCUGAACUUCUGGGCCCAGAAAUUAGCGUAGAUGACCCACAGGAAUGCCAACCAAGUCCGAGAUCUUCCAUAUCGCUGGAGAGUCCUGCUCUAGGAAAUGGUCAACAGACCAAGCCUGUUUCAACAAAGAAAGUUGCAGCCCCAGCCCCUCCUAAACCGGUGGCCACUCCACUCCUUCCACCAGUUGUGGAUUCCAGUCAGAGACAGAGCCAGAACAUCACUCCCCAAUCUGUAAUGAGGCCAAAUCCAUCUGCAGUCUCAGCACCGGGAAGAACUGACACCUCAGGUGGCAGGAUGUCCGUAGGAGACAGAAACGAACUGCAACCCUCACCUGUACCAAUAUCUGUACCCAGACCAUCAAGCCAAAUGGGUUCUGAAACAGCUCCAUUAGAUGAUGAAAGGAACGUGCAAGGUGUUUUGAAUAAAGAGGCACCAACUGCUAAACCCAGGCAGAGGGUUCUUGGCAAGGAGUCAAAACAACAAAAGGAAGCUGCUGUGAAUGUUGACAACCAGACCAAUCUAAAUGUGAGCAGUGGGGACAGAAAGACAAAGGAGAGCUUUGCAGACUUUGAUUCAACUCCCAAUACAGACAGUCUUACCAAAGAUCCAUCGGUACAGCAGAACCAAAACCAAAAGGUAGAUGACAUUUUCACUGGCAUUGUGCAGAAAGAGCUGAAACCUGAAGAUCUGGGGAAGACAGCUGAUAAUUUUGAUAACAUUUUUAAUGAAGAAAAAACAACUGAUCCCUUUGCAAAUUUUUUUAAUGACUUUGAUUCAUACCAACAGAGUGACCCCAUGAAAGAGGAUAAGAAUUCAAAACAAGUUAGUCUUGCUUUUCAAAGAAAAAAUUCCCAAAGAGGAAAGAAGAUUCCUUCAUCCACAAGUCAUUCAGAUAAUAAGACUUUCAUGUCUCAACAAGAAACAUCAUGUAAAGAGGAGGGAACAACUUUACCCACAGCAAAUCAAGGUUUUUCUGCAAGACAUAUCACCGGCUCGUUUGUCGCUCUGCAGCCUCAAGCUGAUGUGAAAACACAAAAGAGCUUUUAUGCAGGAGAGGAUCCAUUCGGAGCUGAACCUUUUCAUGUUCCUUCAGCUUUACCUUCAUCUCUCCCAGUAGUCAUGGAGGAACCAGCAUCACAAACAGGAAAUUUGUCAGGUGGAAAGACACUACUGAGAGCAUGGGUCUCGCCCUCUGAAGUUCAGUCCGCCAGUACUCAGAAUAGCAAUGGAAGUGGGCUAGCCUUUACUCCACGCAGGCCUCAUCCCGUGAAGCCCAUGAGCUCAACUGAGAGCCAGCAACAUGUCAGCACUCCUGCUAUGAAAGAGAUAAAGGUGCGAGACAACACGCCAGGGAAUUUCAAGGUGGCAGACUCAGCGGCAAGCGGGCCUUACAGUCAGCUGACGCAGGAAGAGCUGAUCACUCUGGUGGUGAAGCAGCAGGCUGACCUGUCCAGGAAGGAUGCAAAGAUCGUUGAGCUCGAAGAGUACAUUGACAAUCUGCUUGUUCGCGUCAUAGAAGAGAAACCUGCUAUCCUGCAUGCCCUCAACUCCGCCAAGCAAGUCUAGGUGAAUGUUUUAUGGAAGGAGAAAGCCUCUCCUGAUGAUUCUCGUUUCACGCGUGUAGUGUUUUUGCUGUUGUCACUGUGUACCAGACAGUACCACUAUUUAAGGUCUUUGAGCAUAUGCACUUUUUAGUUACAGAGUAAGAGAGAUUUUACAGAGAUGGAAAUUGUAUUUUAAGUUAUCAAUAACAAGUGAGAAAUCUUUAUAAGCAAUUAUAUGCAUUUGUUUUGACACUAAGGUACUACAAAUUGCUUGAAAAAUUUUAAAAAAAUCAUAAUUUUAUAUAUAUAUAUAUAUAUAGUAGCUGAUGAAAUCUGGGUUGAAAUUUAUUUAAUAUACAUUUUUUCUGUUUGUUUACCUGUUUUCUGGCCUUUUUUAAAUUCUAUUAUGGACUUUAUGCAACUUAUAGAUUCCUAAUGAAUCCUCUAUUACAUAACCUUAUACAUUUGUUUCCUAUCUGAGCAUCAUGAAGACCACUAAAGUCUUAAGUUGUUUUUUGUUGAUCUUUUAGAAAAUCUUUUUAAAGAGAAAGAAAAUCCUUUAGAACAUCUUUUAAGCAGAUAAUUACCAAUAUUCAAACCUCUGUGCUGACAGAGUGGAGUGUUAAUUGGUCAUUUAGCCUUUGAAACGAUGUGUCUACUGAAGCUGCGAGGGGGUGUUAUUUAGGAAAUGAGCGACUACAAGCAAUAAGCGUUUCUAUGGUUGAGUUUGAAUUACACAGCAGCUGCUGCAGCGUUUUCCUUGUGGUUGUAUAGCCUGUUCACACAGUUUAAGUUUUAUGAAGCAAUAGCAUGAAAACUGAUCACUGUGAUAUUUGUUGUGGUUACGAAAUAAAAAGCAAUAAGCAAAGUAAUCAGCAGCUAUAUGUCAAAUAAAAAUGGUAAUGAGCAUUUUGACUUUUGCUUUUGAGCUACACUAAUGGAUGCCUUUAUAAUCAAGCUAUUUGAUAUGUCAACUGAAAUUAAAGUAAUAUUUAACUUCAGAAUGUACAGAAAUGUGCCUUCAAGCCUUUUUUUCUGAAUUUUAUAUAAGAAUUGAAAGUUGGAGAACUGUUGGUGACUCCUCCUUUUGAAUGUAUGUAGUUUCAUUUUUCAAGUGUUUGACAUGAAAAUAGAACUACAGCUGAUGCAAUCACCUGAAAGAUGUAAUACCAAGCAGUUCGGUUUUUAUUUGAAAUAAAGACACUAAUUAUAACACCA